AUGGAGUUUUCUAAGUACCACGGUUUAGGGAAUAAUUUCAUAGUUGUGGAUAACAGAGAGAUGCGAAAUGAGUUAUCUGACGAAGCAUUAGUCGCCAGAUUGUGCGACUCUAAAGCUGGGAUUGGUGCGGACGGGUUGGUCGAGAUUCGUUCUUGUAAGAACACACAGCAUCCUUCCUGUGCUUUUGAGUUUGUCUACCAUCGUAGUAACGGACGAGUAGGAGGGUUUUGUGGGAACGGAGGACGUUGUGCUGUGAAGUUUGCAGUUCAGCUUGGCCUGGCGUCGACAGACGAGGACGUUACGUUCUGUGCGUACGACGGAGAACAUGUCGGCUAUGUGGAUGGUCAGUCUGGUCUGGUACACCUUAAGAUGACGGAUAUAGACCGGGGGAUUCAUAGAGUGGACAACAAUAAUUAUGAGAUUUAUACCGGCAGUUGUGCCUUAGUAACGUACGUCGACAACCUAGAAAGCGUUGACGUCCAACAGGACGGUGAUGAAACUCGGAAAUUAUAUGAUUUCAGACGAAAAGAGGCAUUUGUCAAGGUGUACGUCCGGACUUGUGGCAAAAACAACUGUGAAAUUUCCAUGCGAAGUUACGAGUGCGGCGUCAACGGUGAGACGCUAGCGUGUGGAACUGGCGCAGUUGGCGCUGCGCUUGUUACGGUAACUCGGCGGUCAGCGUUCACUGAACCGACGUCAGUGAAAGUUAACGUCGUUGUGCGUCUUGGGACACUGACGGUGACGGCCAGGCGAUUGGGUGAGAAGGACUUCUCAGACGUUUAUUUAAUUGGUCCUGCAUGUCAUGUGUUCGAUGGUGUGGUCCGUGAGAUCACCUGA